GCGCCUCGCUCGCUUUCUGGCUGCUCGGCGCACCGCCGCCGGCCACUCGUCCCAGCUCCGGUGCCGAGGCCGCCAAGGCUUAGGCACCGUCCCCAGGCUCCCGUGCUCUGCGCGAAGCCCUGGCCCCGGUGGCCAGGGCAUGGGCCAGGGGCGCGGCGUGAAGCGGCUUCCCUCCGGGCUGUGAGCUGCACUGGCUUCAGCAUGAAGACCCUCAUAGCUGCCUACUCAGGGGUCCUGCGAGGCGAGCGCCGCACCGGCGCUGCCCGGGGCGAAAGCUCGAAUGGAGGAGGCGAGCUGUCCCCAGAGAGAUCUGGGAAAUGGGGUACUGGCUCCAGCAUCCUCUCUGCCCUCCAGGACCUCUUCUCCAUCACCUGGCUCAACAGGUCCAAAGUGGAAAAGCAGCUACAGGUCAUCUCGGUACUACAGUGGGUCCUGUCCUUCCUCGUGCUGGGAGUGGCCUGCAGCCUCAUCCUCAUGUACACCUUCUGUACCGACUGCUGGCUCAUCUCCGUGCUCUACUUCACCUGGCUGGCAUUUGACUGGAACACACCCAAGAAAGGUGGCAGGAGAUCACAGUGGGUACGGAACUGGGCUGUGUGGCGCUACUUUCGUGACUACUUUCCCAUCCAGCUGGUGAAGACGCACAACCUAGUAACGACCAGGAACUACAUCUUUGGGUACCACCCUCAUGGCAUCAUGGGCCUAGGAGCCUUCUGCAACUUCAGCACAGAGGCCACCGAAGUGAGCAAGAAAUUCCCUGGCAUAAGACCCUACCUGGCCACACUGGCUGGCAACUUCCGGAUGCCUGUGUUGCGGGAGUACUUGAUGUCAGGAGGCAUCUGUCCUGUCAACCGGGACACCAUAGACUAUCUGCUUUCAAAGAACGGGAGUGGCAAUGCCAUCAUCAUCGUAGUAGGGGGUGCAGCUGAGUCUCUGAGCUCCAUGCCUGGCAAGAAUGCAGUCACUCUGCGGAACCGCAAGGGCUUUGUGAAACUGGCCCUGCGCCAUGGAGCUGACCUGGUUCCUACUUACUCCUUCGGGGAGAAUGAGGUGUACAAGCAGGUGAUCUUCGAGGAGGGCUCCUGGGGACGGUGGGUCCAGAAGAAGUUCCAGAAGUAUAUUGGCUUUGCCCCAUGCAUCUUCCAUGGCCGAGGCCUCUUCUCAUCUGAUACUUGGGGGCUAGUGCCCUACUCCAAGCCCAUCACCACCGUAGUGGGUGAGCCCAUCACCAUCCCCAAGCUGGAGCACCCAACCCAGCAGGACAUUGACCUAUACCACACCAUGUACAUGGAGGCCCUGGUGAAGCUCUUCGACAGGCACAAGACCAAGUUCGGCCUCCCAGAGACAGAGGUCCUGGAGGUGAACUAACCAAUCCAGCCCUUGAGAAGUCAGCUCCUGGAAGGAACCAGCGGGCAAAAUCGUUUUCUACCGAGCAUUCUCAAGUGCUUUUUGUUCUGUAAAUUUGGAAGCGUGAUGGGUGUCUGUGGGUUAUUUAAAAGAAAUUAUAAUUUGUUAAACCAUUACAAUGUUAGGUCUUUUUUCAGAAGGAACAAGUCACUAUCUCCAGCUCUCUCACUUUCAGUGUGUCCUGUUCCUGGUGGUGGUGAGCACACAGCCCCUUUAUGAUUCCUCCUCCCCAAAAUGAUAGAGAAAGCUCGCCCUGAUUGGGCCCUUAGAAACCCAAGCUGGUUAGAUGAUCCACUCUUUUCCUCAGGGCUGCAAGGUAGAAGCCAUAAACACCUCCAUUCCUACCCCCCUCAUGGGGCUGUAGGACUCGGGGGAGGACACAAAGGACACAGCUCUCCCACUUGGGGAGGACAGUAGAAGCAUCUUGAAUGUUCCAGCUUGGGUGUUCUUUCUGCCUCCUCACCUUUCCCACAAGUCUGUCCAAAUCGAACAGGCCCCCUGCGAUACUGUGCUGGGGACGGGGCUCUCUCCCCGAGGCACUGUUCACUCACCACAGACUGGAAGUGACUGGUUUUGCUCCAGAGGCUGACAGCCUGGACUUCGCCCAGCUCAGCCUUGGCCUGGAGAAGCACAUACUUCCCAGAUGCCUUGGUUUUCCUGAGCCCACCCAAAGUCUGGUGAGAGGACCGGCCCCUGUUCUGUUCAUAAACUGGGUCCAGGACAGGAGGCCCCCAAUCCUUAGCUUUCCAUAUGUGUGCCUUCCUCAGAGUAUUGGGGUCCCUCCUGUGUGUUUUCUCUCCAUGAGAUUGCUGUACCAUGUCAGACUUUUGUAUAUUCCUAGACAAAUAAACAGAAACUAGAACCC